AAAUGUUUGGCAGGACUUCUGAAACUUUUUGGUAUAAUUAAAUUAGCGGUUAUCGGUAACGUUAGCUGUCCACUAACGGGAUUUGGCAAAAUUCGUAUAUUUUAGCUAAUAGGCAGCUGACUAGAGAAAUUCUUCUGAUGUUUCACUUUCAUUCGUAACGAGAUAGGAGAAUAUGAGCCAAUACAAUCUGUCUUUAUCUAGCUAGCGAACACUGUUGAGCACCAAGUAGCCUCACACUUUGUAUUUGCUUUGUAUACGUUGCGUAUCGGACUAAAAGCUAUGCAGUGACGUCAGAGCUCUUUCUAGAACAUUGUGGCCAGCGAGCUAGCUGACCAGUUUGCUAGACUAGAUAGACUUUGUCAUUUGUUUUUGUUUUGUUUUUUUAGAUUUUUGCUUGUUUUCUGUAGUUGUUGCUAACUUGCUACGUCUAAUUCACUCGUUAGGUAGCUGGCUAAGUUAUCUGAGUACUUAUUUAUUUGAAACGAUAUCCGAAAUGUUCUCCGGACUGACGAAAACUAGGUUAGCAAACGUUAGCUAGCUAAUCAUAGCAACAAUGUUAACUCGCAUCAUUAGUCAUAAGAUCAGAUUGGAGCUGACUGACUUUGGCUCGCAACUCCUCUGAUCUAGAAGAACGGGGGAAGGAAAGAAGUUCCCCCCGUUUCCCACCUCAUCGAAGCGUAAAGAAGUUCCUUUCAGCACAAGGCGAGGAUGGCUUUGCAGAUGUUGCUCCUGUGGGGAGCCUUUCUCUGCGGCGUGUCUGGAGACUAUCCGCCCGAGGCCUUGCAGUACAACCUGGAGUUCCCGGGCAUGGACAACAACCUCCCCAUCGUCACCCGCCCCGCCAACGCGAGCCGGAUUUUCUACGGCGUGAUGUUCGACGCCGGCAGCACCGGCACCCGCAUCCACGUCUACACCUUCAUCCAGAAGAACCGCGACGAGCUGCCGGUGUUGGACAAUGAGAUGUUCCAGUCAGUGAAGCCUGGACUGUCCGCCUAUGCAGACGCGCCUGAAAAGGGCGGGGAGACGGUGAGGCAGCUCCUGAAGCUGGCGAAGAGGACGGUCCCUCGCCUGGAGUGGAAGAGGACCCCCGUCAUACUGAAGGCCACCGCAGGCCUCCGGCUGCUCCCCGAGGAGAAGGCCCAGGCCCUGCUGGAGCAGGUCCAACAGGUCUUCACCGAAUCUCCAUUUUUCAUUCCAAAUGACAGCGUCAGCAUAAUGGAUGGAACAAAUGAAGGGAUCCUGGCCUGGGUGACAGUGAAUUUUUUGACAGGUCACUUGUACUCAGACAGCAAACAGACAGUGGGAACCUUGGAUUUAGGCGGGGGUUCGACCCAAAUCACCUUUCUCCCCAAAUCUGAGAAAACUAUUGAAGCAGCUCCUGCCGAUUAUAUCGCUAAGUUUGACAUGUUCAACACCACGUACCAGCUGUACACGCACAGUUACCUUGGAAACGGAUUGAAAGCAGCACGGCUGGCAACCCUUGGUGCCCUUGGAGCUGAAGGGUUACAGUGGAGGGUUUUUACAAGCUCCUGCCUGCCAAAGAAAUUCAGCGAGAAUUGGACCUUUGGCGGGAUUACUUACAAAGUCAGCGGUGUGGAGGCUGGCUCCUCGGGGUACAAGCACUGCUACGAGGAGGUCCUGAAAGUGGUGAAGGGAAUCGUGCACCAGCCAAUGGAGCUGAGAGGGAACAGCGUCUUCUACGCCUUCUCCUACUACUUUGACAGGGCCGUGGACGCAGGCCUCAUCGACGGCUCUCAAGGAGGGGCGGUAGAAGUUCGAGAUUUCAAGAAGAGGGCCAAAGAAGUUUGCAAUAAAAUGUCCAAGUACGCCGCUGUCAGCCCUUUCCUGUGCAUGGACAUGACCUACAUCACCUGCCUGCUGAAGGAGGGCUUCGGCUUCAAGGAGAACACUGUCCUGCAGCUCACCAAGAAAGUAAAUAACGUGGAGGCGAGUUGGGCCUUGGGUGCCACCUUUGACCACUUCCAUAAACUGAACAUUCACUGAGGUUGUAGAGGGCCGGAGAGACCGCAGUCCCUCACCAUCACUGCGCCACCUGGCUCACCAUCCAGACCCUGGUAUCCUGGGUAUAAUCUGAGAAACACUGCAUAAAAAAGAAUAGUCUCUACGUAGUAAGCUCCAAAUUAAUAUCUCUGCUGUAUGUUUAGAUUUGAACGUCCCAGAACCACAAAGAAUGAUAACUUAACAACGUAUGUGAAUCAACUUAGUUUAAAAUGAAAGGAAAGAGUCAUACCAUUAUUUGUAGUGGUUACAAUUUGUAGUGGGGGGGGCACACCUCAGUCAUCACCAGCAAUGCCAUUUUGUGAGCAUAAUCACCUGUGUUUGAGAGCAAAUUUGUGGCAGAAUGCUCUCAACACAGGUAAUUAUAUAUUUAGCCAAAUAAAAGCUAACUACUAGUAACCAGAUCAGUGUCAUUUUGCAGUGAAUAGCAGAGUUUGUGACGGAUUACUUGAAUGACAUUGAUUUACAGCUACUUUGAAUGGGAAAACUUUUUCAAUGUCUUAUACAAUAGUUUGUUUCCCAUAUGACCAGCCCAUAAAGCUUAAAAAUGAACCAUAUAACAUGUCUCACUGAUAUGCAUCCCCAUAUAUGAAAAAAUAGUAUGCUGAAGUAUACUUGAAGUAUGCUAUUUUGUACUUCAGAAUACCUUUAAGGAUAAAGUGUAUAUCAAGUAUGCUGAGUAUAGUACUUUUUCACUUGGAUCCACUUGAAAGAGUUAUGACUUUACAUCUUUAGGAAAGUAUUGCUGUUUAGUUUCCUCUCAAAGAUGAGAAUAAGGAAUUGAGUUCAGCCCAGCCAACAGGAAGAGGGCAAGAACUGUUGACACACUACCUAGUUUACACAGAAUGGGAUAGUGAGCUGCAGUCAGCUCCUUGUAAUUGCAUGUAAUUGCAUCUGAUAAUUACAUGAAGUGUAUAGUAUGCAAUUUUGAUCCAACUGACUAUACUGCUGUGUGCAUAAGAGUAUGACAUCAUCAAAGGCACACAUGCAGUUAUUAGGUGUCUAUGUGUUCUUUUAUUUGUAAGACAAACAUUUCAAUUCAACCCUGAGUGUUUCUCUUUAAGCAACAGGGGCAGGGGCAUUCAUGUAAUAUUAGGUUUGUUUUAUUUGAUGACUACUAUUUUGAUGGAGCGGUGCAAAGUAUAUAUAUCCAGUCUUAGGUUUUUAUCAACUUUCAUUAUGUCAGAUAAAUAAAUUAAUUAAUUAAUUAAUGUGAAUUAGCAUGAGCAUAAUGGCAUGUUUGGAAAAAAAAGUACUAAAAUAAUCCCCGUCUAAAACUUGUCAAACAAAGGAAUAGAGAAGGGGUGCACAACAAUGGCUGAUCUGUUUCCAGGAUUUUGUGCUGACUUCUGCUCAUAAUUAUUUAAUAAGCUCACGCAUAUCUUCAUCUUUUUUAUAAACGCUGACAACCGUAGACUGCAUGUGUGUCCUAGAGAUUUUACUGUGCUCAGGUACAGGAGUGAACCGGCAUAGAGCUGUAAAGCUGUCAAAACGAGUGAAACCAACGCAAUUGGUUGGAACAAAAAUGACCAUGCAGACCAGCCCUCCAGGACCAGAGUUGUGCACCCCGUCUGCGUGUAUCACUUUAAGUGCUGAUAAUGUUGCUCUAAGGUGCUCUCGCUUCAUAGCGGUCAAGAGUUGUACAUAUUUGUUAUUAUUAAUGGGAAGGCUUCGUGUUUACAGUAACACCUCAGGGUCAAAGGACGCACAUAAUAUUUAUUUCCUACUAUUUGCUGUUCAUGAAUAUGCCUUAAAUUUGUCGGAUUAAUAUCAAUGGCUAAAUCGAUUAUCUGGUAUAUAAAUCAUUUUCAUUUCUUUUAGGCAUUAGAGAGGAACUACUCUUGUUAAAUAUGUUUUUAAUAAUUCUCAUUUGAAUGGAAUUGCUUUUGACGUUUUUUUUGUUUGUUUUUUUAAAACUUGGUCUUUUGUGGUAAAUUAUUUAUUAGAAAGUGCAAUAAUGUACUACAUACAAUAAUUAAAUAAUUUCUUUAUGUACUGCCUACAGAGUGCAAGUUGCUGAGAUCUUCUAUGUCUCGGUACUCUUGUUGCACAAUAGAAGUUUUGUUAACCAAACCUUAGCAGGUCUACUCUUUGUACAUUGAGAACAAAGUGAGGGCCAUACUGCACAUAUAUGCAUAUCAUCAAAUCCUAAGGAAUAAACAGACCAGAUUUUUGCCUUAAAAUUCUAAAAUUUGUGAAAUGUUGAGACAUGCAUUUCAUGCUGUAUUAAACCAUUUGAUAUUUGUA